AUGGGUGCUCGGGAAGGAUGCUGGGCUCAGGGCAGCCUGGAAGAUGGCCGGAUCAUCGACACCUCGCUGAGCCGGGACCCGCUCCAGGUGGAGCUGGGCAAGCGCCAAGUCAUCCCCGGCCUGGAGCAGAGUUUGCUGGACAUGUGUGUGGGGGAGAAGCGGAGAGCUAUCAUUCCCCCUCACCUGGCCUAUGGCAAGCGGGGCUCCCCUCCCACCAUCCCAGGCGAUGCGGUGCUGCGGUUCGAGGUGGAGCUGGUCGGUUUGUCCCGGGCCAGUUACUGGCAGAAGGUGGUGAAUGAGGUGCUGCCGCUGCUGUGCCUGGGGCUGGUGCCGGCGCUGCUGGGGCUCAUCGGGUACCACCUCUACCGCAAGGCCAGCAGCCCCAAGCUCUCCAAAAAGAAGCUGAAGGAGGAGAAGAGGAACAAAGCCAAAAAGAAAUAA